AUGGGACCCCCUUCCAGCUCCGGCUUCUACUUGAGCCGCGUGGUAGCCCUGCUGCUGGCUGCGCUGGCUGCCGCGCUCCUGCUGGCGCUGGCCGUGCUCGCCGCCCUGUACGGCCACUGCGCGCGCGUCCCGGAUGACGCGUCCUUCCCGCCCGGCAAGCCCGAGCCGCCGCGGACCCCGAAGCCCGGCCCCACUCUGGAGCCGGAGGUGGCGGCCACCCCGCGCAACUGGCGACCCCCGGGGCCCUGGGACCAGCUGCGCCUGCCGCCCUGGCUCGUGCCCCUGCACUACGAGCUGGAGCUGUGGCCCCGGCUGCGGCCAGACGAGCUCUCGGCGCCGGCGUUGCGCUUCACUGGCCGUGUGAACAUCACAGUGCUCUGCACCGUGGCCACCGCGCGGCUGCUGCUGCACAGCCUCUUCCUGGACUGUGAGAGCGCUGAGGUGCGGGGACCCCUGUCCCCGGACGCCGGAGACGCUUCCGUGGGCCGCGUGCCGGUGGACGAGGUGUGGUUCGCGUUGGACAUGCAGUACAUGGUGCUAGAGCUCAGCGAAGCCCUGCAGCCCGGGGACCGCUAUGAGCUGCAGCUCAGCUUCUCCGGCCCGGUGUACCAGGACACCAGGGAGGGACUCUUCCUCAAUCUCUACACGGACCAGGGUGAGCGCAGGGCCCUCUUAGCAUCUCAGAUGGAACCAACAUUUGCCAGGAAUGUUUUCCCUUGUUUUGAUGAGCCAUCUCUGAAGGCAACUUUUAAUAUUACAAUGAUUCAUCAUCCACAUUAUGUGGCCCUUUCCAACAUGCCAAAGCUAGGUCAGUCUGAGAAAAAGGACGUGAAUGGAAGCACGUGGACUGUUACCACCUUUCACACCACACCCCACAUGCCUACUUAUUUAGCCGCCUUUGCCGUCUGUGACUAUGAGCACGUCAGCAGGACUGAAAGGGGCAAGGAGAUACGCAUCUGGGCCCGGAAAGAUGCCAUCGCAGAUGGAAGUACUGACUUUGCGUUGAACAUCACGGGUCCCAUCUUCUCUUUUCUGGAAGAUUUAUUUAAUAUUAGUUACCCUCUUCCAAAAACAGAUAUAAUUGCCUUGCCUACUUUUGACAACCGUGCAAUGGAAAACUGGGGACUAUUGAUGUUUGAUGAGUCAUUAUUGCUGCUGCAAGCAAAUGAUAAACUAACAGAAAAAAAGACUGUGAUCUCCUAUAUUGUCUCCCAUGAGAUUGGACAUCAGUGGUUUGGAAACUUGGUUACCAUGAAUUGGUGGAACAAUAUCUGGCUCAAUGAAGGUUUUGCAUCUUAUUUUGAGUUUGGAAUAAUUAACUACUUCAAUCCUAAACUCCCAACGAAUGAGAUCUUUUUUUUUAACACUUUACGUGGUGUCCUCAGAGAAGAUCACGCCCUCGUAUUCAGAGCCGUCUCCAUGAAGGUGGAGAAUUUCACAGAAACCAAUGAAAUAAAUGAGCUCUUUGACCUAUUUACUUACAACAAGGGAGCGUCUCUGGCCCGGAUGCUUUCUAGUUUCUUGAAUGAGAAAAUAUUUAUCAGCGCACUUAAGUCAUAUUUGGAGACAUUUUCUUACUCAAAUGCUGAGCAAGAUGAUCUGUGGAGGCAUUUUCAAAUGGCUAUAGAUGACCAGAGUAAAAUUCUUUUGCCAGCAAAAGUAAAAAGCAUCAUGGACAGUUGGACGCACCAGAGUGGUUUUCCAGUUAUCACCUUAAAUGUAUCUACUGGGGUCAUGAAACAGGAGCCAUUUUAUCUUGGAAAGGUUAAAAAUCAGACCCUUCUAACCCACAAUGACACAUGGAUUGUACCUAUUCUUUGGAUAAAAAAUGGAACUACACAGUCUUUAGUCUGGCUAGAUAAAAGCAACAAAGUAUUCCCUGAAAUGCAAGUUUCAGAUUCUGAUCAUGACUGGGUGAUUUUAAAUUUGAAUAUGACUGGAUAUUAUAGAGUUAACUAUGAUAAAUUAGGUUGGAAGAAAUUAAAUCAACAGCUUGAAAAAGAUCCUAAGGCCAUUCCUGUUAUUCAGAGACUUCAGUUAGUUGAUGAUGCCUUUUCCUUGUCUAAAAACAAUUAUAUUGAGAUUGAAACAGCACUUGAUUUAACCAAAUACCUUGCUGAAGAAGAUGAAAUCAUAGUGUGGCAUACAGUUUUGGUGAACCUAGUGACCAGGGACCUUGUUUCUGAUAUGAACAACCAUGAUAUAUAUCCAUUAUUAAAGAAGUAUCUGUUAAAGAGACUUAUCUCAAUAUGGAAUACUUACUCAACUAUAAUUCGUGAAAAUGUGACAGCAUUGCAGGAUGACUAUUUAGCUCUAAUAUCAUUGGAAAAACUUUUUGGAACUGCGUGUUUGUUGGGCCUUGAGGACUGUCUUCAGCUGUCAAGAGAACUCUUCAGAAAUUGGAUGAACCAUCCAGAGAAUGAAAUACCUUAUCCAAUUAAAAAUGCGAUUUUAUGUUAUGGCAUUGCCUUGGGAAAUGAAAAAGAAUGGGAUUUUCUAUUAAAUAUCUACAAUAAUAAAACAAAGGAAGAUGAAAGGAUUCAGCUUGCAUAUGCAAUGAGCUGCAGUAAAGAUCCGUGGAUACUUAACAGAUAUAUGGAGUAUGCCAUCACUACGUCUCCAUUUACUUUUAAUGAAACAAAUAUAAUUGAAACUGUGGCAGCAACUGAAGUUGGCCGAUAUGUUGCAAAGGACUUUUUAAUCAACAAUUGGCAAGCUGUGAGUGAAAGGUAUGGAACACAAUCAUUGGUUACUCUAUUAUACGUAAUAGGGAGAACCAUAAGUACAGAUUUACAGAUCUCAGAGCUGCAGCAGUUUUGCAGUAACAUGUUGGAGGAGCACCAGAGACUCACAGUUCAGGCCAAACUACAGACAAUAAAGAACGAAAAUCUGAAAAACAAAGAGCGAAGUGCCAGGAUAGCUGCGUGGCUGCGGAAAAACACAUAAUUUAGUGGCGACGUUCAGCCCUUCUCUUACAUAUUAUAAUGUGCUCACAGUUUUGUCUUCCAAUGUUCUGUGAGUCUGGAAGACCACAUGUUUUGUUAUUUGUAUUUCAGUCACAUUUACUACUCAGGGUCCUGUUCUUCCCAUAUGGUCACAUUUGGCCCUGAGGUUCAGUGAUUGUUGAGGAUUUUGCCAACAAUGCUGUAAUUUCUGGGGAAGAUUUCGCUUCAUGUUGGGCUAUAAACCACAUAAUUUACUUUAAAUGCCUUGGAAAAACAAAUUUACCUUAGAAAGUUUUGCUUAUUCUGUUGUGAAGGCCAGUGGAAUAUUACAUCAUUGGCUAAAUGAACACAUUCUUUUCUGAGGAAAGUACAGAUUUGCAAUACUCUAGGGUUUAUUUAGUUCAAAAUUUAAAAGAGUAAUGAGCAAAUGACAUAACAGUAUAAAGAAACAGAAACCAGAAAAAUAAUAUUCACUAGAAGACAGACAAGCCAAAGAAAUGCAAGUUUUAAAAAGAAGAAACAGACAAUUUAAUGAGCCAUGUUAAGUGCCCCAAAGGCAAAAAAUGUGUCUCCUCCUGCCCAUUUCUCUCUCCUGAGUGCCUGCUGUAUCACACCACACUUUACUGGCUACUGAACUUUAUGGUGUCACUAAGAGACCUGGGAUCGUAGGAUCCAUGAAGUGCCCUUAGCAUCUGUGUUGUGGAGACCAGAUGGAGAGCAAGGCUCUGCCCUGAAGCUCUUGACUGUGUAAUUCACCUGUGGGACAGACACUCUUGCAGCCAAAGUUUAGCAGCAAAAAUAAUGAUGUCAACAGAUAAUAGCAAUUAUGGGCUAACCUCUAGGGCAAAGGAAAGUGGUCAAAUAAAGAGAAAUAGAACUGAGAGAUUAACAAGAGCAUAAUCUUUACAGCUUUGCACUCAGGGGAUUAAGUUUGAAAUGUGAUUUCAUUUGGCCAAAUUGAAAGUUUGGACAAAUGAGACAUUUGUAGUUUGGACAACUUUAAACAUUUUCGUCAGUCACAGUGUAUGAAAUUAGCUUUUGUUGCCCGUGAUUUAAUCAGGACAGCUAAGGCAAAUCAUCCUACUCUAGACUUUGUGUGUAUACCAUUUAAUUCUUGUUUUAAUUUUGAUUUUGUUUUUACAGAAUGAGGGUAAAACUACAGGUCUCCUAUCUACCUCAAAGUGAUUAUGUCAGUGAAAAGCCUUUAAAUAUGUCAUAUAAGCUCAAGGCAAUGUGACUUAAGGGUUUUUUCCUAUUUUUUUCUGUAAGUUAAUGCAGCCACAAAUUAAAAUGCAAUACAAAAGUUCACUUUCAUACUGACUUCACAAGAAGAUACUCCCUGAAAUGGAGUGGCAGGCUAUGUGACUUGGCCAUAAGGACAAACCAAAGCACAGUCUGCAACAGACUUGACCAUGGGUCAGAGAGAUUUUUCUUUAAAUUUAGCAAUUUUAAAUUUAAGCAAUAAAAUGUCUGCAUGUCUUCAAAUUGUUAUGUGUACAGUAUCUUCCUGUGUUUUCUUAAACAUGUGUUCUGUAUUUGCUGUAUCUCCUCCAAUCAUCAGUCUCAUCUCUAGAUAACCAUGUCACAUGUCCUCUCAACUGCUUUCUCCUCCUCUUUUUUUCUCCUCCACUUUCACUCCCUCCCCCUCCCUUGUGUUCCCCUGUCUUCCUUCUCCCUUUCCAGUAACCUCUGCCUUCCUUCUGCCUGGUUGUCCAUGUCUUCUCUCCUUGAUCUUCCACCCCUCCCGUGCUCUCAUUCCAAGUGUGCUUGGAAGCUGGCGCUUGGGGCACCAGGCGGGCUCUGCUGCCUGUUAUUGGGUGAUGCCAAGCACUGAUCCUACCAAAGGAGUACAUUGGGCUCUUUAGACCAUUUGCUGACAAUUAAAAUCCCAUUAUAUCUUAGCUUCUACAGUAAUUAAACAUUAGUGAAAGUGUUUGUCCAAGAUCAAAAGCCCAAAUAUUUGGUUAAUAGCCCUUCCUCUAAAUAUGAACAAGAAUUUUGAAUAACGUACAUUUUUUCUUACUAGGAUGAAGCCGGUUACUCCAGAUAAGCAUUACAUUUUAUUAUAUCAUACCUUAUAUUUAGUAUAAAAAGAAGUAAUUAUUGAUUGAUUACUAUGAUAGCAAUAAGUCAGAGAGUGAUAUUGAGGCAGAUUUGUCUAAAUGGUAUAAAUACUCUAUUAACCAAUAUACCAGCUUAUCUAUUAGCAACCCAACUAUAACACAGUUUUUCUGACCCAUUCAGUUUACUUUAUACUGUUCAUCAUAAAACAGGUUAACAAGAUGUACAAUGUAUUCAUAAUUUUUUUCAGUUUGAUAAUUAUAAAUUAAAAUUUUCUUUACAGUCUUAUGCUUUUUUACUCCUUAAACCCAUUCAGUGACUUUCCAUUGUUGACCUUAAGUGAAAGAACUAAUGCCUUAGUCUUGAAGAUUCUAGAUGCUUUGUAAUUUAGAGGAGCUCUGGGGCCAAUCUGUAUAACAAUUUAUUCUAAAGAAAGAAUGAAGAAGCAAAAUGAGCUUUAAAAAGGAGUCCUACUUGAUUACUUUUUCUGUUUACUCCAGUAAAUGCUAUCUUUUUUCCAUCCAAACUCUAGUAGGAUUAAUAUGUCUAAUCCCAAGCCUUAAGGGAGGCUUACAAGUAAAUAUAACUGCAUCCUCGGAUACAAAGAAUUACGUAGCAUAGUCAGCAGCAUUUGAAACUAUAUGUGUACUGCCUCUAGCUUAAUCUUCUCUCCAGUUCAACAACAUUCAGCAAAGAUGCUCUUCACAGCACAUGUGCUUAAGAGCUAUUUGGACUCUUCCUCUUCCCUUCCUUUCAUAAACAGGUCAAUCCUAAAGGUGAGGCAGAGCGAGGUAAGCGUCUACACCAGUGGGAGCUGAGGGGUAGCUGAGGAGGCCCAGGACCUGGAACAGAGUGUAAGAGCUUGAGUGGGUGAAGAGGGAGUCCACAGAGUGGGGAGCAGCUUGGCACAGGGUGUCAGAGCCCAUGACGGGUGAGUAGAGUGACCACGCAGGCAAGAGGGAGCUUAUGACAUGGCCAGUCAGAGCUCAGACAGGGUGCGAAUGGAGAGUCCUAUAGUGGGGUGAAGAGGAGGUUCAGACCCGAGGGGGGUUCAACAUAAAGUAUCGGAGCCUGAGGAGGGAGAGGAGGAUAUCCACAUGGGGUGGGGGAGAGUCAGAGAUGGAGCUUGGUUACCACAGGAGUAUGGAUCAAUAAGAAAAUAUACAAAUGAUAAAAAGAUCCAAGUUUCUCACUGUUGGAGAAGGGAGUUGCACAUGUUCAAAAGGAAGAAACUAGAAUGAACCCUUUGUUGUUGGAUUAGAAUUGGAGGCAUUGAUGUUAGCAGUUCUCACAGUUCUCAACAUAUGAUAGAUUUAUCCAUAUAGAUGUAAAUGUGUGUUCAUAAACAUAUCUUGUAAUCUCUCUCUAGAUAUAUAUACAGAUACAGGUGCAGAUAGGGAGAGAUAUAGACACUGGCUUUCCAACUGAGAAGGCCUGGGAGCAGCAAAACCCUACUAACAGUGAGCGCAGCCAGUGCCCAGAUCUUGGCUUCUAAAUGCCGUGUUUUGCUAAAAGAACCUGGGCUUCUUGGGGAAAUGGCUGAUUUCAAGAAUGGGGCAGGAAAGGAACUAUUUGAGGUAGAACAUCUCUUUGUACCAAAAGACAGGGAUGUACUCAAAGAAUGGUGGGUACAUAUCAAAGGGCACAAAAGCCAACCACAAAGGUAUCAGGAUACUAAGUAAGACAGGUCCAAGGCUUCCUCUCUCUUCACUUCCUCUCACAAUGCCAAGCAGAAUGAGACGAAGACAUCACCUUCUCUGCUCUCAGGCUGCUGCUGAAAGUGGGCUAGUUUGAUGACUUGAAGGGUCCUGGACCCUGAGUGUUGAUAGAUACAUAUCAGAGGAGUAAGGGGGUGCUACGCAUGGAGUCUGCAAAAGUUUCUUUUUUUUAUCCUCAGUGAAAUGAUCACCCUUAUCACUUAGAAUGGCCCUUCAAUCUUAGCAUAUCUUAUUUGGGAUCAACACAGUCCAUCAGUUCCAUCAGUUUCUAUGAAUCAGAACAGUCGUUAGUGAGGCUAGGGAUUUCAGGCCUCAUUUUACAAGAUUGUCCUAAAAAUGCUCCAUAAUAGAGAAUAGGUAUGGUUUCUUUCUGAAAUGAUUACCACAAUAAGAUUAGUGAACAUCCAUGUCUCACAUAGAUACAAAACUAAAGUUUUUUUUAAAAGUUUUUUUCUUGUGAUGAGAACUCUAAGGAUUUACUCUCAGUGAUUUUCAUACAUGAUAUAAAGCAGUGUUAAUUAUAUUAUGUUGUGCAUUAUAUCACUAGUAUUUAUUAUCUUAUCUUUGUAAGUUUAAAUCUUUUGACUACCUUCAUGUAACCCUCCACACUCCCACCCCACCCCUGCCUUUGGUAAUUACAAAUCAGAUUCUUUUUCUAUAGAUUUGUUUGUUUGUUUGUUUUUGAAGUAUAAUUGACUUAUCACACUAUGAGAGUUCCUGGUGCACAACAUAAUAAUUUGAUACCUUUCAAAAUGGUCACUACAAUAGGUCUACUCACCAUCUGUCAUCAUAUGAAGAUAUUACAAAAUUAUUGACUAUGUUCCUCACACUGUGACAUUUAUUUUGUAGCUGGAAGUUUGUACCUCUUAAUCUCCCUUACCUAUUAUUCUCCUUCCCAUAAUCCCCUCCUCUCUGGCAACCACUUGUUUGUUCUCUGUAUCUAUGACUCUGUUUCUGUUUUAUGUUUGUUCAUUUGUCCUGUUUUUUAGAUUCCACAUAUGAGUGAAAUCGUACAGUAUUUGUCUUUCUCUGUCUGAUUUAUUUCACCUAGCAUAACACCCUCUAGGUCCAUUCAUGCUGUUGUAAAAUGCAAGAUUUAAUUUUCUUGUGGCUAAUAUUCCAUUGUAUCAAUAUUUAUAUACACCACAUAUUCUUUCCAUUCAUCCAAUAAUGGGCACUUAGGUUGCUUUCAUAUCUUGGCUAUUAUAAAUAAUGCUGCAAUAAACAUACAAGUCCAUAUACCUUUUCUAAUUAGUGUUUUUGUUUUCUUUGGAUAAAUACCCAAAAGUGGAAUUCCUCAAUCAUCUAGUAGUUCUGUUUCUAAUUUUUGAGUAAUCUCCAUACUAUUUUCCAUAGUGCUGCAUGAAUUUACAUUCCCACUAACACUACACAAGAGUUCCUGUUUCUCCAGAUCCUUGCUUGUGCUUGUUAUUUGUUGUCUUUUUGAUAAUAGCUAUUAAGACAGGUGUGAAAUGGUAUCUUAUUGUGCUUUUGAUUUGCAUUUUCCUAAUGAUUGGUGAUGUUGAAUAUUUUCAUGUACCUGUUGGUCAUCUGUAUGCCUUCUUUGGAAAAAUGUCUAUUCAGGUCCUCUGCCCAUUUUUUAAUCAGGUUGUUUGGGUUUUUUUUGAUGUUGAG